GCUCCCAGCGCACGCAGCCGCAGUUAACCUGACGCGGCUGUGAGGCUCCGUGGCGCGAGUUAAAAUGGCGGAACGUGGCUACAGUUUUUCUCUCACCACUUUCAGUCCUUCUGGAAAGCUUGUUCAAAUUGAAUAUGCUUUGGCAGCUGUUGCAGCAGGAGCUCCAUCAGUUGGAAUUAAAGCUGCAAAUGGUGUGGUACUAGCAACAGAGAAAAAGCAGAAAUCUAUACUGUAUGAGGAACGGAGUGUUCACAAAGUGGAACCUAUUACUAAACACAUAGGUUUGGUAUAUAGUGGCAUGGGCCCUGAUUACAGAGUACUUGUUCAUAGAGCUCGUAAAUUGGCUCAGCAGUACUACUUGGUUUAUCAUGAGCCUAUUCCAACAGCUCAGCUAGUGCAGAGGAUCGCUUCUGUGAUGCAAGAGUACACUCAAUCUGGAGGUGUACGUCCAUUUGGAGUGUCACUAUUGAUAUGUGGGUGGAAUGAGGGGCGACCAUAUUUAUUCCAGUCGGAUCCAUCUGGAGCAUACUUUGCAUGGAAAGCAACUGCAAUGGGGAAAAAUUAUGUAAAUGGAAAGACAUUUCUGGAGAAAAGAUACAAUGAAGACUUAGAGCUUGAAGAUGCUAUUCAUACUGCUAUCUUAACAUUAAAGGAAAGUUUUGAAGGACAGAUGACUGAAGAUAACAUAGAAGUUGGAAUCUGUAAUGAGGCAGGAUUUAGAAGACUCACUCCAACUGAAGUUAAAGAUUAUCUGGCUGCAAUCGCCUAAUCUUGAUUGAUUGAUGAAAACACGCAUCUGCUCUCACUUUUUAACUUCAUUUAUAUUAGUGGCUUUGGAUUUUAAUUUCUACUUUAUUAAACCUGUAGAUUUUUUAAAAGUAAUAUGGAUUCAUAUGCCACUGAAAUAUAAAACUAAUUAAAACAUUAAACAAUGUACAAGAAUAUUUACACAAUCUAAAAAAAAUAAAAAUUGGUGUAACUUCUGAUUAAAUUUACAAAAUACUUCAUUACACUAA